AUGCCUUUGCCCACCAGAAAGAUCGGCCAAACGGACGUGACCGCCAUCGGCUAUGGCGCGAUGGGAAUCUCUAUCCUCGACGCGGUGUACGAGAACGGUUGCACGAACUGGGAUACCGCGGAUGCAUAUGGGAACAACGAGGAGAUUAUCGGUAAAUGGUUCAAGAAGACAGGGAAGAGGAACGAUAUCUUCCUGGCUACCAAGUUUGGAUUCGCCCAUGGUAGCAAGGACAGAUUCGUAUAUGCGCCGCCAGAGUACGUCCCGAAAGCACUCGAGAAGUCGCUGUCGCGGCUGGGCGUGGAUUCCAUAGAUCUGUGGUACCUCCACCGUGCGGAUCCGACCGUGCCCAUCGAGCUGACAGUGGGAGCGAUGGCCGAGCAAGUCAAAGCGGGCAAGGUCAAGUAUCUCGGCCUCUCCGAGGUCUCCGCUGAGACUCUCAGACGCGCGCACGCAGUGCACCCUAUCAGCGCGAUUCAGGUUGAGUAUUCGCCCUUCGCGCUCGACGUCGAAGACGAGCAGGUCGGGCUCUUCAAAGCGGCGCGCGAGCUCGGUGUCGCGAUCGUUGCCUACUCGCCGGUCGGCCGUGGCCUCCUAGGGGGUCAAAUCAAAUCGCGCGCUGACCUGGAUGAGGGUGACCGUCGACGGAUCCUCCCGCGUUUCUCGGACGAGAACUUCCCCAAGAUUUUGAAGCUCGUGGAGGGCGUCAAGGCGAUCGCGGCAAAGUACAACGCGACGCCCGGACAAGUAGCGCUUGCGUGGCUCCUCGCGCAGGGCGACGACGUGAUUCCUAUCCCUGGGACGACCAAGGUCGAGAAUUUGAAGGAGAACCUAGCCUCGUUUGACCUCAAGCUGAGCGCAGAGGAUGUCGCUGAGAUCCGGAGGAUCGCUGAGGUCGCUGACAAGACGCUUGGGCCUAGGUACUACGAGGCGGGCAUGCAGCUACUGUUCGGUGACACUCCUCCCCUCGAGGCCUAA